AUGCUGGAGCUGGCACUGCCAUCGUGCACGAACGACCCUUACCACUGCCACCGAUCGCUCUCCGUCUUCAAGCGCAAGACGUGCGGCCUCUGUGAGCGCGCCUUCCCGGCAGGGAAUCUUCCGGGCGAAGUCGUGCGACGACGCAUCCUCGAGUUGCGCGUCUUUUGGGGCGUCGAGUCGGAGAAGAACCCCAAGCAUGCACCGGCGUCAUUCCUCUACCACACAGUUCGCGUCUGCUUGCUUUGCCACGAGAUUCUUUCGGCACCGCCCACCGCCGGCGCCAACCACGCGCUUGCGACCGAGGCCUCCAUCACAACGCACGUUGGGCGCCUGCGCAGGCACAGCGCUCUCACGACGGCAGCCAAGGCGGAUGAGAUCGGCUACAUGAUCCACGAGUCGAUUCUCAACGAUGCGCUUUUGCUGCUGGAAGCACCUGGCCACCUCCACCGUCGGCGGGACGUUACGCAGCGCCCCAACGUACGCGCGACCAUGAGCUCCAGUCUACUUCUCGGCGUUGCCGCCAACGCUAUCGAUCGCCGCGCGACCCGGAGCAUCCACACCCAAGAGGAGCUCGCGCCGUGGUGGGAAGUCGAUCUCGGCACGCACUGCUCGAUUUCGUCCGUCGAGAUUUGGAACUGCGUCGACAGCGACCCGUGCGUCGCCGAGUGCCUCUUUCCGUGCCACAUUGUGCUGCUCAUGAAGCCUGGCCACGGACGCGACCUGCUCACGCUCACUGCCCUCGGUGUCGACUCGACCGUCGUCCACAGCGUUGUCCAGCCUGUUCGAUGGGAGCCCAAGGCAGGCAGCAUUGCCCGCUAUGUGCGCGUGGUUGCCAACAAGUGGACGUAUCUCCACGUCGAGCGCAUUCACGUGUUUGGGUCGCCCGUGCAGCAAGAGGCUGACACCCCCAAGAAGAAGCGGCCGUCGUCGACGGGCACGUCGUCAAAGCUGCGUCUGGUCCGGAUCGACCCCACGAGCGUCUUUAGCCGCCCCAAGAGCGCGGGUUUCCUUGUCCCGACAGCUAGCAGCCAAGUGCGAUCCCAAAUUGGACACGAGAUUCGCGCCCAGCUCGACGCCGAGCGAGCCUGAUAUUUGGACAC